AUGAUCGCUUCAUUUUGCAAACUAGCCAAUCAAACAGUAACGAAUGCCGCACUUACAUUCGCGUCAAAGACAUUUGUUAGUAUUGAAGCAUUAACACCGAAAUCGUUUGAAAGUGAAGUUGCAUCAGCAUUAAAUAUAUUUAUUCAACAAACACCUGUGACAUUUCUGCAUAGACUCAAAUUUAUUAGAGAUACAUUUCGUUCGAAUCAAUUGCAGAAUAUGUUUAUGACAACUUGGAAUAUUGCAUUUACGACAGCUGCAGAACGUUAUAUGGUAGCAACGAUCCCUCGUUCAUAUAAUAACGAUACAUGUUCAUGCGCAGCAUCAUUAUCACCCACAUGUUGGAGACCACUCAAUCUUGUUUUAGGUGACGGAACAAUCACAUUACCAGGUCUCGUUGGUGGAUGUUUGCCUGUGGAUGGAUUACGUCAGUCAACAUUGGAAUGUUUCUUCGACUCGACGUGUUUGUCUAUGGUGGGUACGUUGCUGAACAGUUCAAUGGUUCCAUCUUUGCUCAAAUCCUUAGCUGUUACUCGAUUUCCGCACUUGACAACAAAAUUAGGUACAAUGAUCGAUGAAUUAUUCGUUGAAGAAUGGAUCAAUGCAAGCAACUUUUCAGCUUAUUAUCAAGCAUGUUCUCCUCAUUUAUGUCAAUUAACAUAUGAUGAAAACAAUAAUGUUGCCUAUAUGAUUACAACUCUGUUGGGAUUCUACGGUGGUCUCACAGUUUGUCUUCGAUUUAUUAUAUUACGCACAACAUGUGUAGCUAAUCCACCACCACCACCACAUGUUUAUAUUCAAGAAAUUAUUGAAUUUCCCAUUGUUAUCAUCGAUGUUCACGCAAGAACAAUUGUAAAAAGACCUUAA